GAAAUAGAAUCUCAAAGACGGGGAGGGAUGAUGUGAUAAUUAAGAUUAUUCUUAUUAAUAAGAACUAAGUGAAAGUGAAGAAGAGUGUAUUUAAUGAUUGUUAUUUUGAAUGUAGCAAUAGCAUAUUGUUUUUAAUGAUAAAGCAGUGAAUUUAUCAAAGAUACGAAAUCCUUUGUAGGCUGAAGAUUUUGAUUAAUGCUGGACAUGGAAGCAGAUGUCAGAGAAAUUAGCAGGUCAUAUAUUAGCUCUGAAUUGCCUUCUAGCAGGAGUAUAUCCAUUGCCAAGAUGAGAUGGAAAAUUCUGGCAAAGGCACUACAAGAGGGCCGGGUGCAAGAUUUGGAUGUUGUUCCAGGAUCAGUACGACAGUUCUCUACCUUUGGUCUUGUUCGAAUGAUUUCUUUAAGGGAAAAUGAAGCGUGUGAUCCAGAGGGAAGAUGGUAUGAAUGCUCAUGUUCAGAAGAUGCCCAUUUUCGGCUUCAUAUAAGAAUCCUGAGUAAUAAAGUCACGGUUGAUGAACUGAUGGGAUUUGACAACACUGGAAAUGUUUGUAUAUGGCCAUCAGAAGAGGUUUUAGCUUACUACUGUAUGAAAAACAAAGAAGCUUUUGAACGAAAGAGUGUUUGUGAACUAGGAGGUGGAAUGACCUGUCUUAGUGGGUUUGCAGUUGCAGCUACAGGAGGAGCUAAAGAAGUGUUUCUCACAGAUGGAAAUAUGAGAUCAGUGAAGAAUGUUCAAGUUAUUGUUGAAAGGAAUUCUAGUCGGUUCAAUAAGACAAGAGUUAUAAGCAGAUUGCUUCGCUGGGACGAAGAAGAAGAUCUGCAGCACUUGAAGCAAAGAUUUGAUUAUGUUGUGUGUGCUGAUUGUAUGUAUUUUGAUUCUGGAAGAAUAUUGCUGAUCAACACAAUAUGGAAAAUAAUUAAAGACACUGGUCUUGCUGUUGUCCUUGCUCCUACACGUGGAAACUCAUUCCAAAAAUUUGUUGAUGAAGCUCAACAAAAAUUUCACAUAGAGAAACUCAUGAUCUAUGACAUUCAUCUUUGGGAUCUGCACAUCAAGCUCAAGAAAAAGAAGCCAGACUUGUAUGAUGAAAAUCUUCAUUAUCCUCAGAUGCUGUUGUUGCGUAAACUCUAGUUCAUACUUAUUAAAAGAUUCUUUCUAAUCCUCAAGAGGAUUGUGCUUCAGAUUAUAAUGACUGCAUCGCUGUCCUAUUUUUAACUUGAGAGGAGGACUUUUUCUCAUCAAAAAAGUAAACUUUCUGAAUUUGUUUUAAUAAUCUAAAUCUCAAAUUAAAUGUCAUACAAAGAGUUACCAAGAAAGACAGACAAAAGAGAAUUCUAAUCCAGUUUUAUUAUCAUUAAUUUAUAUAAAAGCCUACUUUUAUCUGUUGAGUGAGUAUGGAUAUUAGAUGAUGCCAGACCAAACUAUUGGGGCCAAAAUAUGCCAACAACUACUAAAAAUGUUUGCCUUUGUCCCACCUGAAACAGUUUAGUCUGAAAUUUGACAUGUUUCAUGUUCUGUGAAAAUAGUUUUGGAUUAUUAAAACUAUUUAUCUAAAUGUUUACUAAAUUCAAAUACUCGAAUAGGAAGAGUGACAUGGUAUCAAGGGGUGUUUCCUAGGUUGUGAUAAGGUGGGUAGUUUCAUUGCUAGUACUGUCCUAUAUCUCAAGUUUUAAUAUAUUAUACAGUAAUUGUAAUAGUUAAAAGUGGUGUUUUUAGAGUACUUAUGUUACUUUCAUAUUUAAAUUGAUUUUUUCUUUAGAUCAGCUGGUUAUAUUUUUUUGUGAAACAAUACCAGUUAUGUUUUUAUGUUCUUAAUGUAG